AUGGCAUCUUCAUCAACGAACUCACCAUGCGCAGCCUGCAAAUUCCUCCGGCGAAAAUGCCAACCGGAAUGUGUAUUUGCGCCGUAUUUCCCACCGGACCAGCCACAAAAAUUCGCAAACGUUCACAAAGUCUUUGGAGCAAGCAACGUCACAAAGCUUCUCAACGAGCUUCACCCUUCGCAGCGUGAAGACGCAGUGAACUCAUUAGCCUACGAGGCCGACAUGCGUCUCCGUGAUCCAGUCUACGGCUGCGUCGGAGUCAUAUCUCUCCUCCAACAUCAGCUUCGUCAGCUUCAAAUCGAUCUCAGCUGCGCCAAAUCAGAGCUCUCUAAGUACCAAAGCAGCCUCGGUAUCCUCGCCGCCACACAUCAGAGCCUUGGCAUCAACUUACUCGCCGGAGCCACCGAUGGAACAACUACUGCGGCCGUGAGAGACCAUCACUAUCACCACCAUCAGUUUUUCCCUAGAGAACAGAUGUUUGGUGGGCUUGAUGUUCCCGGCGGUAACAACUACGACGGAGGGAUUCUGGCUAUUGGACAGAUCACUCAGUUUCAGCAGCCGAGAGCGGCUGCUGGAGAUGAUGGUCGCCGUACUGUUGAUCCGUCUUGA